AUGCCAGACGUCGGUACUACCAGGCAUGAGGACAACCAAACACGCCAAACGUCGGGACUACCAGGCAUGAGAACCAGACACACCAGAUGUCAGGACGACCAGACCCACCAGACGUCAGGACCACCAGGCACACCAGACGUCUCGACAACCACACACACCAGACGUCAGGACAACCAGGCACCCCAGACGUCAGGACAACCAGACACACCAGACGUCAGGACAACCAGACCCACCAGACGUCAGGACAACCAGACCCACCAGACGUCAGGACCACCAGGCACACCAGAUGUCAGGGCCACCAGACACACCAGACGUCAGGACAACCAGGCACCCCAGACGUCAGGACAACCAGACCCACCAGACGUCAGGACAACCAGACACACCAGACGUCAGGACCACCAGGCACACCAGACGUCAGGACCACCAGGCACACCAGACGUCAGGACCACCAGACACACCAGACGUCAGGACCACCACGCACACCAGACGUCAGGACAACCAGGCAUCCCAGACGUCAGGACAACCACACACACCAGACGUCAGGACAACCAGGCACCCCAGACGUCAGGACAACCAGACCCACCAGACGUCAGGACAACCAGACACACCAGACGUCAGGACAACCAGGCACCCCAGACGUCAGGACAACCAGACACACCAGAUAUCAGGACAACCACACACACCAGACGUCAGGACAACCACACACACCAGACGUCAGGACAACCAGGCACCCCAGACGUCAGGACAACCAGACCCACCAGACGUCAGACCCACCAGACCUCAGGACGACCAGACACACCAGACGUCAGGACAACCAGACACACCAGACGACAGGACGACCAGACCCGCCAGACUUUAGGACAACCAGGCCCACCAGACGUCCGGACCACCAGACACACCAGACGUCAGGACGACCAGACACACCAGACGACAGGAUGA